AAAAAUAAAUUAAAAAUAAAUAAAAGAAACACAGAACCCUAAACCCUUCUGCGUCUUCCGCUCACUCUCAACUGCUCCACCAGGCUUCACGCCGGUCUUCCUAUCGCCGCCGACACUCUCCGGUUCAGUGCUGCCGCAGCCUUCCAUCUACGGUUGGCACUGAUUUUUUUUUUAACCCUUUUGUUGCUACUGAUAAUCAUGGCCGUCAAUGCAAGUGCUGAAGAUCAAUCUCACAAGGCCCAUAGGUCUCGUAAAUCUGGUCCCAAUGCAAAGAAGAAAUCAAUGAAUGAUAAAGGGAAGAAGAAGGAUGAAGUUUCUGAGAAUGAUAGGAAGCGGAAUCCCAAGGCUUUUGCUUUUAAUUCGUCAGUUAAAGCCAAGCGUUUGCAAGCUCGUUCUGUUGAGAAAGAACAACGUAGGCUUCAUGUUCCCGUAAUUGAUCGUUGUUAUGGUGAACCGGCUCCAUACGUUAUUGUUGUACAAGGACCUCCCCAGGUUGGGAAGUCUCUGUUGAUAAAGUCUCUUGUUAAGCAUUAUACCAAACAUAAUUUACCUGAUGUUCGUGGCCCGCUUACAAUUGUGUCAGGUAAACAAAGGCGGUUGCAGUUUGUAGAGUGCCCAAAUGAUAUAAAUGGGAUGAUUGAUGCAGCAAAGUUUGCUGAUUUGACUUUGCUUCUAAUUGAUGGUGAUUACGGUUUUGAGAUGGAGACUUUUGAGUUUCUCAACAUUUUGCAUAAUCAUGGACUUCCAAAAGUUAUGGGAGUUCUCACGCACCUUGACAAGUUUAAAGAUGCAAAAAAAUUAAGGAAAACAAAGCAGCGUCUUAAACAUCGCUUUUGGACGGAGAUACGCACAGGAGCAAAAUUAUUUUAUCUAUCUGGGCUUAUACAUGGGAAAUAUCCUAAACGUGAGGUACACAAUCUUGCUCGGUUUAUCUCUGUGAUGAAGUUUCAGCCUCUGUCUUGGCGUACCAACCAUCCAUAUGUUUUAGUUGACAGAUUUGAAGAUGUCACUCCACCUGAAAGAGUUCAUACGAACAAUAAAUGUGAUAGAAAUAUCACGCUUUAUGGUUAUCUACGAGGUUGUAAUUUGAAGUAUGGAACUAAGGUUCACAUUGCUGGUGUGGGUGAUUUUGAAUUGGCUAGUAUAACCAGUUUGGCUGAUCCUUGUCCUUUGCCAUCUGCUGCCAAAAAGAAAGGACUACGUGAUAAGGAGAAAUUGUUUUAUGCUCCUAUGUCUGGGCUUGGGGAUCUCUUAUAUGACAAGGAUGCUGUUUAUAUAAACAUCAAUGACCAUUUUGUUCAGUAUUCCAAAGUUGACGAUGAUAAAGAAGUACCUACAGGGAAAGGUAAGGAUCAAGAUGUGGGUGAGGUUUUGGUGAAGUCUCUCCAGAGCACAAAAUAUUCAGUUGAUGAGAAGUUAGAGAAGAGCUUCAUUUCCCUUUUUGGCAGAAAACCUGACAACUCAUCUGGGUCUCGGGAAGUUGAUAGACCUGGUGUGGUACAUGAUGCCGAUGACUCAGAGUCUUCAGAUGAAGAUAACCUUAUCGAGAGAGAGGCUAAAUUUGAAAGUGAGGGCACUGAUGAGGAAGAAUAUAAUGAUUUAUUGGAUGAGAAGUCCCCUGUUAAAGACCAUAUGAAGGAACAUGUUGAAUUUCAUGAAGGGAGGCUUAGGAGGAAAGCUGUUUUUGGAAAUGACGUUGACUCUGAUGAUCUCAUGGAUUCAGAUGAAGAAGGCAACGAUGACAGUGACGAUGACAGUGAUGUUGAUGGUCAAAAGAUGUCGGAGGAUGAUGAAGAUGAUGAGCAAGACGAGACUGGCAUGGGUAACACAUCAAAGUGGAAGGAGCCUUUGAUUGAAAGGACCAGGUCUAGGCAACAUGUGAAUCUCAUGAGACUUGUGUACGGGAAAUCCACGCAACUAUCAACUACCUCAAGCAAUGAAGCACAUGAUACUUCUGAUGAAGAAAACGAUAGGGGUGAAUUUUUUUGGCCUGUAGGCAAGAUAAAUAAGAACGAUAGCAAAGUAGUGGAUGGUGAAAAUGCCAAUUCUGAGGAUUGUUCCAAACAUUUCAAAAUUUCCAAUGAUCUUGAUAUUGAAAGCAUUCGUGACCGAUUCGUCACGGGUGAUUGGUCAAAAGCUGCUCUCAGAAAUAAAUCUCCUGAAGUCAAAUUUGAAGAUGAUGAUAAUGUCUAUGCUGAUUUUGAAGAUCUAGAAACUGGUGAGAAGUAUGGGAGUUCUCAUGCUGAGAAUACUACUGAUGCAACAGUUCAGAAGGCAGAGGACUCAACAAUUGAGGAACGCAGACUGAAAAAGCUUGCUCUUCGUGCACAGUUUGAUGCUGAAUUUGAUGGAUCUAAGGCAGCAGAGGAUGGAAGUGAUAAAGAAGAUGAGGCCAAUGGAAGUGAUUAUCAUGACAAGAUGAAGGAGGAAAUUGAAAUUAGGAAACAAAGGAAUAAGGCUGAACUUGAUAAUAUUGAUGAAGCCUUCCGAUUGAGGAUUGAGGGAUUCCAAUCUGGGACAUACGUAAGAUUGGAAGUUCAUGGUGUUUCUUGUGAGAUGGUUGAACAUUUUGAUCCUUGCGAGCCUAUUUUGGUUGGAGGAAUUGGUCCUGGGGAGGACGAUGUUGGAUACAUGCAGGUCAGACUAAAACGACAUAGGUGGUAUAAGAAGGUACUGAAGACUAGAGAUCCAUUAAUUUUUUCUAUUGGAUGGAGGCGUUACCAAAGUACCCCUGUUUAUGCAAUUGAGGAUUCAAACGGGAGGCACCGUAUGCUUAAAUAUACACCUGAACAUAUGCACUGUCUAGCAAUGUUCUGGGGCCCUCUGGCCCCUCCUAACACGGGGGUUAUUGCUGUUCAGACUUUAUCUAGCAACAUUCAGACAUCAUUCAGGAUUGCUGCAACAGCUACUGUGCUCCAAUCUAAUCAUGAAGAGCGGGUGGUCAAGAAAAUCAAGCUAGUUGGUUAUCCAUGCAAAAUUUUUAAGAAGACAGCACUUAUAAAAGAUAUGUUUACUUCAGACCUUGAAAUAGCUCGUUUUGAAGGUGCCUCCAUUCGAACUGUUAGUGGAAUCCGGGGCCAGGUCAAGAAGGCUGCAAAAGAGGAGAUUGGUAACCAGCCCAAAAAGAAAGGAGGACUACACAAGGAAGGGAUUGCUAGAUGUACCUUCGAGGACAAGAUUCGGAUGAGUGACAUAGUCUUCCUGCGUGCAUGGACUAAAGUUGAAGUUCCUCGAUUUUACAACCCGCUGACAACAGCAUUGCAACCUCGUGACCGAGUAUGGCAAGGGAUGAAAACUGUGGCUGAACUUAGGAAAGAACAUAAUCUUCCCAUUCCUGUGAACAAGGAUUCGCUCUACAAGCCAAUUGAGAGGCAGAAACGGAAGUUCAAUCCAUUGGUAAUUCCCAAAUCAUUACAAGCAGCCUUGCCAUUUAAAUCAAAACCAAAGGAUACACCUAGUCAGCAGAGGCCACUUCUCGAAAAGCGAAGAGCUGUUGUUAUGGAGCCUCGCGAUCGGAAAGUUCAUGCUCUUGUUCAGCAGCUUCAACUUAUGAGACAUGAAAAAAUGAAGAAACGAAAGCUCAAAGAAGAGAAGAAGAGACAAGAGCUCGAAGCCGAGCACGCCAAAACUGAGCAGUUGUCUAAAAAGCGGCAAAGAGAAGAACGGCGGGAGAGAUAUAGAGAACAAGAUAAACUGAGAAAGAAAAUUCAAAGAAGAAGUGAAUGAGAUCUGUUGAGAUUAAUUGUUUUGGUGCGUGGCCUUAUUAUAUAAAUGAAAUUCACCCAAUAGUUUCUUCAAAUAUAUUUAUUUAGAGUGGGUUUUACCUGUAUAAUUAGAAGUAGUUAAGUGAUUUUUCUACAAGCACCUGUUUAUGUGCUUUAGAAUUUUCAAAAUCACUUAUGGCAUGACCAAAUGACCAAGCACCAUGAAAAUUUUGUAUAAUGCUUUUAAUUGAUCGAAAGAAUUUUUAUUAUCCUAUAAGUUAUGUUAAUUACGUUGUAAUCAUGUUGAAAUGAUGGAAAACCAUUGUAAAUGUUUAUAAGUUAAAAAA